GUGCACAUCAUGUGAGCUGAAUAAGCUUAUAGCUUUUAGCAGCAGCACGUGAGCCUGACUGCCAUUUUCUCUGUAUCUGUGAACAUCCAGCACAAGAUCCAGAAGAUCGAAGAAGCACAUGCAGCACACCAGGAUCUUGGGAAGUAGUUUGCUCAGGGAAUGAAACUUCUUGAAAGAAACUUGUGUUCUUGAAGGUUUGCACUAGGAUAAUGAAAUACACCAUAUUCCUGCUCUUUGCUGUGCUGAUGUUUGCAAAAUAUUCAAGUGCUCAAGAAUGUCCUAUCAAAUGUGCUAUUGAAAGUCUAAUUAACCAGAAGAUCCAGUCAUCAGUUGAUGCCACAGUGUCUUCAUUCCUGGCAAAGACCGAGCUGAUUUGCACAACUGCAUCAGCACGUGGUGCUGAUGCCCACUGCCCUUCAGGUCACAAGGCCACUGGAUGCGCCUGUGGAAUGGCUUGUGGCUCCUGGGAUAUCCGUGGAGAAACUUCUUGCCACUGCCAGUGUGCCAAGAUAGACUGGACCUCUGCUCGGUGCUGCAGAGUGGGUAUUGUCGGCUGAUGGUACCUUAGCUGCCUGUUGGCUCCAGCUUCAAGGCUCAAUAAACAUGCAUCUAUAAUCUUCUGAACAGUCUAGUGCUUGAGUCUUUUCUUUGCUCCAGCUCAAUAAACGAAGCUCAAUAAACAUGCAUGUAUAAUUUUCUGAA